GAGAAGACAGAUGAUGUUUCAGAGAAAACUUCUUUAGCUGAUCAAGAGGAACUGAGAACUAUAUUCAUCAAUCAGCCCCAGCUAACCAAAUUCUGCAAUAAUCAUGUCAGCACUGCAAAGUACAACAUAAUCACAUUCCUGCCAAGGUUCCUUUAUUCCCAAUUCAGAAGAGCUGCUAAUGCAUUUUUUCUUUUUAUUGCAUUACUACAGCAAAUACCAGAUGUGUCACCAACAGGCCGUUACACAACAUUGGUCCCUCUCUUAUUUAUUUUAGCUGUAGCUGCAGUGAAGGAGAUAAUAGAGGAUAUUAAAAGGCAUAAAGCUGAUAAUGCCGUGAACAAGAAACAAACUCAAGUACUACGAAAUGGUGCAUGGGAGAUUGUCCACUGGGAAAAGGUAGAUGUUGGAGAUAUAGUUAUAAUAAAAGGCAAAGAGUAUAUACCUGCUGACACUGUACUGCUCUCAUCAAGUGAACCACAGGCUAUGUGCUACAUUGAAACAUCUAACUUAGAUGGUGAGACAAACUUAAAAAUUCGACAGGGUUUGCCACUAACAUCAGACAUAAAGGACAUUGAAAGCUUGAUGAGUCUUUCAGGCAGAAUUGAAUGUGAGAGCCCAAACCGACACCUCUACGACUUUGUUGGAAACAUCAGACUGGAUGGGCAUGGUACUAUUCCAUUGGGAGCUGAUCAGAUUCUUCUACGAGGAGCUCAGUUGAGAAAUACUCAGUGGGUUCAUGGGAUAGUUGUCUAUACAGGACAUGACACAAAACUUAUGCAGAAUUCAACAAGUCCACCUCUAAAAAUGUCUAACGUGGAACGAAUUACGAAUAUUCAGAUUUUGAUUCUGUUCUGCAUCCUCAUUGCUAUGUCUUUGAUCUGCUCUAUUGGUUCAGCUAUAUGGAAUCGAAGGCAUACUGGAAGAGACUGGUAUCUUGAUCUAAAUUAUGGUGGAGCAAGCAACUUUGGAUUGAAUUUCUUGACUUUUAUCAUUCUCUUCAAUAAUCUUAUUCCAAUCAGUUUGUUGGUUACACUUGAAGUUGUUAAAUUUGUCCAGGCAUAUUUCAUAAAUUGGGACAUAGACAUGCACUAUGAACCUACAGACACUGCUGCAAUGGCUCGUACUUCCAAUCUCAAUGAAGAGCUUGGACAGGUCAAAUACAUAUUUUCUGACAAAACGGGUACUCUGACAUGCAAUGUCAUGCAAUUCAAGAAGUGUACUGUAGCAGGAGUUGCUUACGGGCAGGGCUCACAAAAUGGAGAAGAAAAACCAUUUAGUGACUCAUCAUUACUGGAGAAUCUUCAGAGCAAUCAUCCAACUGCACCUACAAUAUGUGAGUUUUUGACGAUGAUGGCAGUGUGUCAUACAGCAGUUCCGGAAAGAGAAGGUGAUAAAAUUAUAUAUCAAGCAGCAUCUCCAGAUGAAGGAGCAUUGGUCAGAGCAGCCAGGAAUCUUCAUUUUGUAUUCACUGGAAGGACACCUGACUCAGUAAUCAUAGAGUCUUUGGGACAGGAAGAGAGAUAUGAACUGCUAAAUGUCCUGGAAUUUACAAGCACUAGGAAGAGAAUGUCAGUGAUUGUUCGCACACCAUCAGGAAAGUUGAGACUUUACUGCAAAGGAGCUGAUACUGUAAUUUAUGACCGUCUUGCUGAAACUUCAAAAUACAAAGAAAUCACCUUAAAACAUCUAGAGCAGUUUGCUACAGAAGGCUUAAGAACUCUAUGUUUUGCUGUGGCUGAGAUUUCAGAAAGUGAUUAUCAGGAGUGGUUAGAUGUCUAUCACCGUGCUUCUACAGCUUUACAAAACAGAGCGCUCAAACUUGAGGAGAGCUACGAGCUAAUUGAAAAAAAUGGGACUGUUGCCUCUUGCCUUUUCACCAUGCACCUCUUAGAGGAAGAUGGCUUCUUUGCAAGCCUUCAGUUAGCAGAAGGCAGCCAUGGAAUCCCUCCCUUAGCUUUAUAUUUUCGCCAUGUUAACCUCAUCCUGCUUCUUCAGACACUCUCAAGAUG